AAUAAAAACGUCAUUCGGAGCCACUCGCGACAUUCAAAGGCAUACCAUGGCUGACGACGUGCCUCCAUCUCCAUUCGAGUUCGAGCGUGACUACUACGCGCUUCUAGGGGUGGCACGCGAUGCCUCGAGUGACGAGAUUCGCAGCCAUUUCUUGUCAUUGUCGCGCGAGUUUCACCCCGAUCGUCGACGACAAGGAAAUGCGGCGAUCGUAGCCGCUGCCAACUCACAGUACGCGGUGCUGGACAGAGCAUAUAAAGUGCUGUGCGACCCGGUAAAGCGCCGCGUGUACGACAUCUACGGCGAGCAGGGAGUGCACGCGCUGGAGCACGAUGGCGUCGCUCAGCAGCAGGUCGUUGGUGCCCACCUGGAGACAUCGGACGAGGUGCAGCGAUACGUGGAGAAGAUCAUGCGCCGCAUGAACCAGCAGGCUCUAGAAGCGCAGUUUUCGUCCUACAGCGAGAUGUCCAUGGGUGUAGACGCGUCGGAUUUCGUGCAGGCGCCGAUGCAAGGAUUGCGUAGUCUGUUCCACAGCGGCGCGAGAUACGUGGACCGCACAGAGAUGACGAUCCACCAGCGCACAGUGUUCCCGUUGUCGCGCAGCACAGCGCUGACACUUGGAGGCUACAUGUUUGACAAGCAAGGAAUGGGUAUGGGCAGCUUCACUGCGGAGUUCGCGCACACGUCGUUAGAUCCGAGUAUCCCGUCGUUUACGCUCACGAGCCAGCUGGGUUGGGCGCCCAAGCUCCACUGCCAGAUCAGCCAGCCAGUGUCGCGCUACACGGUCUUCAUGCUCAUCCCAGAGCUCGAUGAUAACGGACUGGAUAUUUCUGUGGGAGCAAACCAGCUCCUGUCGCCGCAGCUUCACGGUGCCAUGAUGUGGAGUACACGAGACGGUCUUUCUGGAUCGCUAAGCCAGGACACCGGGACGUACAAUGCCGCGGCUGCCGUCGCUGUGAACGCUGCUGGCCCCAACUUGACGUUCCAGUUCCGUCGUGCUCUCCUGGCAGCUACGACAGCUAAAUUGUCGCUACGGGCAAGCCUUGCGACUGGCCUGUCGGUCGUGGCUGGAGCUAGUCGAGAGAUUUCUAACCGUACCCGACUGGCGUUGGGUGUCUUACUUGCACGUGCGGGUGUGACGCUGCGUGUAGGCUUCACUCGUGGCAGUGUACGCUUUGUGAUGCCCAUUUUCCUGUCUCCGUUCUCCGCGCAGUCGGCCUGGUUUACCUUCUGUGCAGCCACUUCACCAUUUGUGGUGGCUGCGGUGGUCACGCAACUCAUUAAGCCUGCGCAGGCGCGCCAGCGUCGUCUGGAACUGGAGCACCGACACGAUAUGCGUGUGCAGUAUCUCGCCACUGCGCGUCAGGGUGCGCUGGAGCAACAGAAAUUGAUGCGUCGGAGUGCAGAGGAGAAGAUGGAGAAGGAACAACAGCGGGAGGACGGCAAGGGACUGGUGAUUUUACUAGGCCGAUACGGCAAGAACCCGACGAGUCCUGACUCGCGUGAGGCCCGUGAAGAUGAUCUGGAUGCAGCUCUCCGCGCAAUGCGGGACCGCGAACUUGGUGACGAUGACAGCGGGGAGAACAUCACACAGCAAGAAGCAGAGACUGAGCUACUGGAGCAGAAAUGGGUCGAUGUGACGAUUCCUUUGCAGUUCUUCGUCAAGGUACGAAGACCGAGUGAUGGCUCUUAAGUUGCAAUAUUUUACCUGUUCUUGUUGUGGUAUUCAGGACGGAAAACUCGCUCUUAAUUCGUCGUCGAAGGCUGGAUUACUGGGAUUCUACAACCCCUGCAUCAGCGAAGACCAAACAAUCGCCGACGCACGGUCAUCCAGCUCUGCUGUUAAACCGCUGCUAUACAUUCGCUAUGCGUACGAUGGUCAAGUGUUUGAAGCCACUUUCGACGAUGACCAAGUGGUCAGUUUACCGUCGCGAUACGCCCAGGUCAUGGGUCCGGUCGGACGCGUGUACUAGACUAUAGAGGAACUAGGCGUCUAGGAUAUCUGUUUGGAAUGUUUAUACUACGCGAUGACCUUCCACCUUCAGUGACUGCAUGAAUUGGUCCACCAGCACGUACAGAGGAAAUUCUUGAGGUGUCUGACGUUUGUUUGCCACCAUGUUCUGUUUCGCGAAAAGCACAGUAGCGAUCGCGUCCAAGAACUCCGAGAAUACCAGCUUCGUGCUCAUAAAGAAUGCAUCCGGCUCGCUAACCUGGUUGUCUUCCGAGCUUGAUCCAGACGCGACGCUCCUAAGAAGCUCAGGUUUCAGUGGCGGCGAUGACGCUGCAAACGCUCUGUUUAGUGCUGAAAGUGCAUCUCGGAUCUGGAAUUCCGACGUAAAGAUCGGUGUAUCGACUGGAGGCUCGUUACGAAGCAUGAUGAGUACAGAUCGAAUGGAUACCUCUGGUUCGCCUUUGUCUAUCGGCUCCUGUUCGGAUUCCUGCUCGGAUAUGUCUUCAUCUAGCCGCAGUACUGAAGUUGUUGUACAACUGUUGUAUAGUAUUUGAAGAUGAUCGUGGUGCUUGGUGAAAAUGUUGUG